UAACAAUUCUAUUGAUUGUUUCUCCACUGAUUAGGUUUAGAAAUCAGAAAACUUUCCUAUUAAUAUUUUAUUGCUAUUCUGCCAAUUUCAUGGUUGAGCUGAGCAUUAUUCUGGUUAGAUAUGUAUAUAGAUGUGAUGAGGGUGGAAACUACCUUCUGGUCAGUAUAGUACUUGAAGUCUGGUAACAAAAUGCAUAUGAAAGUGUGGAUUUUAAAAAGUAUUGUAGUGGUGCAAUUAGCAACCGCGCUCAGAAUUCUGCCUCAGCCCAAUAAGUUGAAUGUAAAUUCUCAAGCACCAACUGUCCCAGAUAUGCGUAGAACUAAUUUUAUUGAAAAAAUGUUAUUAGAAUCUGUUAAUCAAGAUAAAAAGUCGUUACAGCAAUCUAGGCCAAAGAGCAAUUAUGGCAAUCACAUAGCAAUCAGACAGCUACCACAGCCCGUGCGCUCGCCCGUGGUCUUGCCGCGCAAGAUGGCAAAAGAGCAGGUUGAAGAACAGGAGCUGACUAAAGUGGCAAGGAGCAGCGCAUCAGAACUUUUGGGAAAACCGUACGUAGAAACGAGAGGAAGAAAUGAUUAUCUCGUUAUUCAAAGUAACAACGUGGAUCCGUUCGUUACAGUGAUACCAAACAGCAUAUAUUAUGAUAUAGAAAAAAAAUGUGUUAACUGGUUGGAUGCUUGUAGUCUAAAAGGCAUCAGAGCGCACUUAUUACAAAGAGUUCAAGACCCCACUGCACAAUGAUAUCAAUAUAUAGCGCAAGACAUAAUUCCUUUACAGAAAUGAAUACGUUGUUGAAUUAUACAUUUAAUGAUACCGUAAGAUUGUGCAUCCGUUAGUGUACAAUCUAACAAGUCAGUUUAGUUUGUAAUUAUUACCGUCAGUUUCUAAUUUAGCUAGUGAGAUUGUAAACUGACGAGUGUUUACAAUAUGACGGUGACAUAUACAUCGUAACUCUCUAGCCUGGGUAUACUAUAGAUACAUUGUGAUUAAUAAAAAGAGAUAAUUUGCGAAGAUAAAA